AUGGCCCAGACAACCCCAGUGCCCAUGGGUCCCUGGAAGCUUUGUGUUUUCCAGAUCACUGUGUACGAUCAGGAGUACUUCCAGGGAAAGCGUAUGGAGUUCACUGCCAGCUGCCAGAACAUUAUGGAGUGCGGGAUGGAGAACGUCCGUUCCCUGAAGGUCGAGUGUGGCGCCUGGGUCGGCUACGAGCACUCCAGCUUCUGUGGCCAGCAGUUCGUCCUGGAGAAGGGAGACUACCCCCGCUUUGAGGCCUACAGCGGCAGCAACUCCUACCGCAUUGAGAGGAUGAUCUCCUUCAGGCCCAUCUGCUGCGCUAACCACAAGGAGGCCAAAAUGACCAUCUUCGAGAAUGAGAACAUGGCCGGUCGUCAGUUUGAGCUGACUGAUGACUACCCUUCUCUGCAGGCCAUGGGCUGGGUGAACAAGGAGGUUGGAUCCAUGCAGGUUCAGAGCGGAGCCUUUGUGUGCUACCAGUACCCUGGCUACCGUGGCCACCAGUACAUCCUGGAGAGCGACUGUCGCGGAGGAGAGUACAAGUGUUACCGUGAGUUUGGCUCCCAUGCCCAGACUCCCCAGAUCCAGUCCAUCAGAAGGAUCCAGCACUGA